AUGGAUGUAGGAAAAACAAUUAAAGUGAAUGAUAGCCCAAAUGUUUGGGGAACUCCUUCUCUGAAUAUGAUCGCCCAACGAAAUUACUUGUUCCCUCCAAGUCUUGCAACUUUAACAGGAUGUAAAAAUAUAAUGCAAGCUUUGCUAACACCGGGUGGUUAUAAUGAUACUAUGAACCUACAUGUUCUGGUAAGAAGGAAUCCAAUUACGAAAGAGCUGUUAGACCUAGUUCUUGAGCGUUUCUACCUGUUAUUUACAUGGCCUAUGAUCUUAUCAAAUGAACCACCUCCUGAAAAUACAUUGGCAGUUAAAAGAAUAAAUUCAGUUUUCACUCGACCACCGACCUUGCCGCACGCGCCCGAAGUAACAAUUAACGUAAAAUGCAUAAAAAAAUAUAAGAAUGUAAACAUUACUGAAGUUAUAGACUUGGAUGAACAGAAGAAUAAGAAAAUCGAUAUAACUGUCGACGAGACACUGAAUGCUAGCGAUACGGUGAAAAAGCUUCUUGCCAGUGAUUAG